AGUUGCAACUAUGGUAUAACAGCAGGCUUCGUUUGCAACGGAGCUAUGCACGCGUUCCUCUUACUCGUCUAGACCAAUCAGCGCAAAGAUGCGCGUUAAGCUCGAUAACGUUAGGUUUACGGCGCAACCAUACUCGAGGUGUUUCGUGUGCGUUCGUUGAUACGUUUUGAUGGAUUGCCAUUUAUGGUGAUCUCGAGAGUGACAAGAAAAGGAAAAGUAUCUAUCGUGCGACGAUUGUGAUGCUGUAGACAAACACCGCGAGGAGGAACACGAGAACGCACGCAAAGUUCGCGCGCACGCUCGCAAAAUAAGAUGUUUGGCAGCUCAGGAUGGCUGGUUUCAGUGGGGAUGCUACUGACAGGAUUGUUGGCCUCUCUAGUCCAGGCCAAUUAUCCUCCACCAGAGAGAUUAACGGGUAUGAAUCCCUGCAUUAGCAAGCAGACAUGCCACGAAUGUAUACAAACUCCGCAUUGUGCCUGGUGCGCAGCACCGAAAUUUCCUGAGAAAAGGUGCUUCUUACCGAAUAUCAAUACAAAGAUAUUUGCGACUUGUCCACCGGAAUAUACAUGGAAUCCAGACAAUGACUUUAGUAUGCUGCGACAUCGUAACUUGACAAAGGGUGGAUACGCUGCUGGCAGUGGUGGUGGGUCAGGAGGAUACGGUAGCAUCGAGGGCUCGUAUUCCAACUUUUCGUCUUCCAGUUCGUCCUCCUCUCAUUUCCACAGAGAAGGCUCGAGUGUCAGCGGCAGCAGGAGGCAGGAGGCUGUACAGAUGUGGCCACAGGAAGUUAAUCUCAAACUUAGAAUAAACGAAGCUUACAGAAUGUCGUUUGCUUAUUCCCAAGCGGAAGAUUAUCCCGUCGAUCUCUAUUAUCUUAUGGAUUUGAGCAAAUCUAUGGAAGACGACAAGAAAAGAUUGUCUGAUUUGGGCCAGUUAUUGGUCGAGAGUAUGAGCAAGAUCACGAGUAACUUUCGUCUCGGUUUUGGCAGCUUCGUCGACAAAGUCGUCAUGCCGUAUGUCAACACGGUGCCAAAAUCUCUUAUUGAACCAUGCGAUGGUUGUGCGGCGCCUUACGGAUACAGAAACAUUAUGAGACUGUCGCAAGAUACGAGCCAUUUUGCGGGAUUGGUGCGAAACGCAUCCGUGUCUGGCAACUUGGAUGCGCCGGAGGGUGGCUUCGACGCGAUCAUGCAGGCGAUAGUUUGCCGAAAUCAGAUAGGCUGGCGCGAGAAAGCGCGCAGGCUGCUCGUCUUCUCGACGGAUGCCGGUUUCCAUUACGCGGGUGACGGCAAGCUAGGCGGUAUCGUCAAACCGAACGACGGUCUGUGCCAUUUAGACACCAAGGGCACGUACACUCAUUCCUCCCUGCAGGAUUACCCGAGCAUUUCGCAGAUCAAUCUGAAGGUGAAGCAAAACGCGAUCAACAUUAUAUGGGCGGUCACCGAGGAGCAGAUCAACGUGUAUAAGCGAUUAACGAAGCAUGUCGAGGGCUCCUUCGCCGGGAAAUUGUCCGACGAUUCCAGCAAUGUCGUGGAACUGAUCCGCGAGCAGUACGACGCCAUUUCGAGCUCGGUAGAGAUGAAAGACACUGCUAGCAGUGCAAUCAGGGUCAAGUACUUUUCCCGAUGCCUGGGCACCGGGCCCGCGGUCGAGACAUCCAAGUGCGAUGGAUUAAAAGUCGGCACGAAGGUGGACUUUAUCGCGGAAAUCGAGGUUACCAGCUGCCCGGCCAAUAGAUCGGAAUGGAAACAAAAGUUUGACAUUUAUCCGGUUGGCAUCAACGAGACUCUCACGGUGAAUCUGGAGAUGCUGUGUGACUGCGAGUGCGAGCGCGAGGGUCACAUGUACGAGGAAAAGUCGGCCGAGUGUAACGGCGUGGGCACGCUCAAGUGUGGGGUGUGCGAGUGUUACGACGGUUUCUUCGGCAAACGCUGCGAGUGCAGCCCGCACCAGGAGCUCACUGGUUUCGACAAGCACUUCCAGUCGUGUCGGCCGGACAAUACCACCCUGGUCGAUUGUUCCGGUCGUGGGACGUGCGCCUGCGGCCAGUGCGAGUGCGAGGAGCGAGAGAAUCCAGACGAGGUGAUAUCGGGACACUUCUGCGAGUGCGACAACUUUUCCUGCGAUCGGGAUCAGGGUGUACUCUGCUCGGACCACGGCACUUGCGAAUGCGGUCAGUGCGUCUGCAACGCUGGCUGGACCGGUCCAUCCUGCAACUGCAGAUCUUCCAACGACUCGUGCGUCGCGCCUGGAACCACCAACGGCGUACUUUGCUCCGGCCAUGGCGAUUGCAUCUGCGGCGAAUGCAUCUGUCACGAGGAGGGUAACACGCGGUAUUCCGGUAAGCACUGCAACAAGUGUCCGACCUGUCCGAGCCGUUGCGAGGAAUUGAAACCGUGCGUGCAGUGCCAGAUGUACAACACCGGCAACUACAGCGACCCGGAGGAAUGCGCGAGAAACUGCAAGGAGUUUGUGCCCGAGGGCGUGGAGACGGUGAUCGUCGACGUGGACAACGACGAGGUGCCGUGCUUUGGCACGGACGAGGACGAUUGCAAGUACAACUUCGUCUACUACUACAACGAGACCAAUUGCCUGAAGGUGCGCGCGCAGAACGAGCGCGAGUGCCCGCCGCAGGUCUACAUGCUCGGAAUCGUCCUGGGUGUGAUCGCAGCGGUGGUCUUGGUCGGCUUGGCAUUGCUGCUGCUGUGGAAGCUUUUAACUACUAUACACGACAGGCGAGAAUUCGCUCGAUUCGAGAAGGAGAGAAUGAUGGCCAAAUGGGACACGGGAGAGAAUCCAAUCUACAAGCAGGCCACUUCCACGUUCAAGAAUCCGACUUACGCGGGAAAGUAACUUGUGCAAUUGGAAGCGGAAGUAACGUGAAAUCUUGGAGGAAGAAUCACAGCGACGUGACAGCGACGCGAUCCCGAGCAAUUCGCGAAGCGAACUGUGCGAGUACCCGCAACCCGUGUGCGAUUACACUCGGUAAUCUCGAUCUUUCGCACUGCAACGGCGCGAACGGCCUCGCGAGGAUCUAACGAGAUCUAGAUUUACCUUUGUAGCGUAUUACUACUGAAAGAAACUAAUAUUUAAAUACGGCAUACUCUAUUUUGUUGAGAUAUUUCGAAAGAACUUGAGACUUAAUACUGCCAUAUAACAUAGACUGCGUUGCGGACGUGUGCGCGCGUACGUGCGGAACGCGCGCCGCUCGUUUACAAAGUAGUAAACAUAAUACGUUAUCACGAUUUAAUACCGUGCUAUUUAGGCUAAUUUUUGAUAUUCAAGUGCCUUUAUAACGACGACGUUAUGCUUGCAUUAACUCUCUCGGUUACACCUCUGCAUUUUCUACUAUAUACGAACUUGUACAGAGUUUAAUGUAAUUUAUGUACUGGGACUUGGAUUCUUAGGAACAAAUUCCGUAGCACCGUGGAAAUCUCAAAAGUUGCCAAUUAUUUCGACGAAACGCAAUGUUUUGUUGGUUUUUUUUUCCUUUUCGCGCGCAUUCGACGGCACUUUUCUCGAAAAUCGAUGCGAAAUACGUAUCGUACAACUUUUCACUUGGUGACUCGGAUAGUGACUAGUCCCGAGAAUCAGUCUCAUUACAUUUCAUUACGUGCUUGCAUAUACACUCGCGAUAUGUGAACCUUGACUUUUGUUAUCCCCCUUGUGAUCGGAAAGGAGCACGACUGUCCGAGAUCUUCCCAUAUAUACAUAUAUACAUACAUAUAUGUGUAUUGCAUCUUCCGAGUGCAAUUCAUGAGGUAUACUUUAUAUUAUGCAACAAAAUUUGACGAUGCAUUUAUCUUUGAAUAAUCUUUCGUCCCCCUGUAAUGUAAUUCAUUUUAACUUUAUUACACGUGUACUCUCUAUUACUUUUUCUCUCUUUUUUUGCGCGACGAGGAAGACCCUCGAGAGGGAGUGUCUUUAUAGGAAAUUGUAUAAAUGUAUAAAGUAUUGCUCGCGAGUAGAAAUAAGUUUUUCCCGUGUUAUAAUGUUAGUGCUCGAUUGACUCGUAGUCCCUAUUUCAUUAUAUAUAUAUAUAUAUAUAUAUAUAUAUAUAUAUAUACACGUAUAUUUAUACACACACGUAUAAAUGUAUAAAUAUAUACAUAUAGCCAGAAUGUAAUCGGUGAUCAAACGGUUGUAAAUCGGUCACUCUUAAGGUGAGGAAAGGCGGGGACGAGAAUAACUCUGAGAUGAAUAACCGGCGUCUGAACUGAACAUACAUGAUAAUUAUUUAUUUCAGUCCUCUCCAUUUGCGAAUCUCGCCAAGAGUAUCGAUCUCAAAGGACUACAUAAUGGCCAGACUCUUCUCUAAGAGACUCAACGAAAGGAAGAUUUAUAAUUGUUCUUUGUGCAAACCGUUUAUUCUUGAUUUCGUUUUCUGAUGCUUUUAUUGCGACUGUUUUUACGAUGACUGCAGUGUCGUUAAUCGCGUUUAUUCGUGUUUUUUUUUGGCACUAACUUGAUACAUGUAUCGAUUGUUGUAACAAACGUCACGUGCAAUUGCUUGCAAAUCUGGUAGAUCAUGUGUAAAUCCUAUGCGAGGUUUAAUAAAGACGACGUGUCGGUAAGGA